GUUGUGUCUCUUCUUACAACUGCGAGAUAAGAAAUGGUGGCAGUAAUGCUCGCGUUCUAGAGGCGACUCGCCACUUCCUGAUACACCUCCCCUUCUCUCCUCUCUCCUCUCCGCUGCUCUUUUCCUCUCUCCUCCUCUCCACUCCAGCAUUUGCUUUUCCCCUUGUUCUUGAAUUGUUUAGUCCAUUUCCCCCUUCUCCACGCAAUCGCUUCAGCACGACGUACAUUUGCGAACCAUGGCCUGUGAGAUUCUGGGAUCGCGACUUGCUCUCUUCAUUGUAAAUGGCUUGACCCUUAUCUUUGGAUGCGUCCUCAUUUUCUACGGUACCGUGGGCUAUAUCCGGAUGGGUAAAGAGAAGACAGUAGGACAUGUCACCAAUGCUUUCGCGCUUGUCAUCUCCAUGGGCACCUUGACGCUUGUUGUCUCACUUUUUGGCUUGAUCGGAUCAUGCUGUGCAAGACCACCAAAGCUGGAUGAAGAAGGAAAUCCAAUAGAGAUGAAGAACUGGAAGAAAUAUUCUAACAGGAUUUUGAUGGUUUACUUCACCAUUAUCAUGAUUAUCUCCGCGUGCUUGCUCUAUGGUGCCCUGCUUUGCUUUAUCUGGAGCGAGAAGGCAGCAGAGUACACCACUUCAUACUGGGAUGUUCUCCAGCAGAUCCUUGAGGGAACAUCGUGGGAUCCGAAAUCCUUAGGAAACGCUAUGAAAAAGAGCGCAGCUGCAGCUGGAGGGUUCUGUCUGCUCUCCAUCUUCUUGAA